AUGUUAUUUUUAGGACAUUUAUAUCGGCAUCCUGUAGACGAUGCAGAGAGACAAUUUGCACUUCCCAAUAGCCAAGCUAAAUCUGAUGAGUUAAAGUAUAAUAGUGCAUUUCCAGGUGCAAGGACACGUCAUGAACUGGUACUAUUUAAGGUGUCUGAUGGAGGGUCUGUAAUGUCUCCAGAGAAUCUUCACAUAAUGAAAAUGUUUCAUGAUGGCUUGAUGAACGUAACUUUUACAGUUGAUGAAAUAGAUGCAAAACGACUUUUAGAAGCCUAUAAUGAUUUAAGAAAUGCUACAUCAAAAAAAAAAGUGACACUAUUAUCUGAAUACAAUAAAACUUUUAAUAUUGAAGAAUAUAACAACUUAAGAAGCUUAACUGAAUCAAGUGAUAGGAUUAUAUCGGAAAAUACUAAGAAUGGAAGUUUGAGACAAAUAGGUAACGAAAUUUUAUUGAGAAAUCAAAAAGUUCAGGAUAAUUUGGAUUUAUUUAACUAUAGUGAUGAGAUAAAUGGAAAUAAAGAAGUUUCAAAGUUACAAUCUGGUAUUUUCAAUAAAUUUGAGAAAACUACAGAUGAAAUUGAAUUAUCAAAUACUGCAGUUUAUCAGCCUAUAAAUGAGGAUUUCGGAUUAUAUAAUAAGUCUAAGGGUCAUCAAAAUACUUAUAAAUUUAGGAAUUUACAGUUUAAGAUAAUUUCUGACUCUUCUGGGAAUAAAACACAAGAAACUCUCUUUUUUCAGGAUCCAGUUAAUAUACAGUUUUACAACUCAAGUACCUCACCACGGCAAUUAGCUCCCUCAUUUCAACCUCAUGGAUUUGGAAUUUUAAAUAGAUUUCCCCAUAGGAUACCUGCCUCUCAGAAAAAUGAUACAAAUAGCACAGAUAAAAAUACUAGUUCUAAAGAUGAAUACUAUUUAGAUUCGCCAAAUUUCAUAAGUAACAAAUAUAUGGCACCAGAGCCAGUAGAGGAGAUUGAUCAAAAGACUGGAUAUAAAGUUACUAAAUAUAAAUUUCAUUUUGGUCAUGUGUGUGCUAGAGUUCAAGGAGGAGCCUGUAGAAGACCUUCAGGAAUAUUGUGGAUGUACAAAAAUAUUCAUGAUUUUGGAAACCCCAUUCCAUCUCCAUAUGUCAUAAAUACACAUACUUAUCAGUCCUUUAGAACUGACAUGUGGUUGUCUCCAGUGGGAAUGAAGCAUGAUCCUAAAACAGAAUAUGUAACAUCUUCAAAAGCUGCUAUAUUGGAAUACCAGUUGUCAGAUCAAGAUUUUAUUAGAAAGUAUUCUAUGUUGUGGGAGAAACAAUUUAUUAAAUAUUGUUCUGAAGUACAGAACAAACUUAAGAACCACUACUACAAUAAACAGGAGGAACCACAGGAUUUAAGUAUGAUUUCCGAGAAUGAGUUUUUAACAACCUCAAGCAAGGAAAUCAAAAAUGAUACUCAUAACACUUUAGAGGAUUCCAAAAUUACAAAAAAGUUAAAUACUACAGUUAGUGCUCAUAGAAAUGAAAAAUCUCAAACAUAUUCUAUUAACGAUACUAAGCUUUCAACUUCUCAAGAAAUACCAAACACUUCUAGUAAUAUAACAAAUAUAACAAUAAAUCAAAACAUAUACAGUUCAAAAGCUGACAAUCAACCGGGUAUUCAUAGCAAUAUUACUAGUAUAAGAACAAGUAAAUCAAGUUCACAAGAUACCUUUAAGUCAGAUACUGGAAGUUCAGAUAAUCCCUUGAAUAUAUAUUACAAUGCAAGAAGAGCACUUAGUGAUGAAUUGACUGAACAAACUUAUAUAGAUUCACCUAAAGACUAUGCUAUUAUUGGAUCUCUAAUAGCUAUUCUUAUAGUAUACGGCUGGUCAGUUGGAUAUGGGUGCAACAUAUAUACAUCCAGAGCUACUAGUGGCGUUUUUGGUGCAUUUGCUGCUUUGUUAGCAUAUGUUGGAGGAGCUGGUUUGUGUUACUUAGCAGGACUUGAGCAUACAACAACUGCUUCUGCAGCUCCUUUCUUAGUUCUUGGUGUUGGAAUGGAUGAUUCAUUUGUUGUGAUAAACUCUUAUAAUAUGACAUACCCACUUAAGAGUGCAGAAGACAGAAUUGUUUCUGCAAUUAGAGACUGUGGAUUAUCUAUAUCUUUAACAACACUUACAAAUCUUUUAUCCUUUGCAAUUGGAACUUCAACGGGAUAUUUGGCCAUUAGAAAUUUUUGUAUACUUACUUUUGUUGGUCUUUUAUUUGGGUAUGUAACAUGCCUUACUAUUUUGUUAGGAGUUUUGUGUAUCGAUGCUAGGUUCGAGGAGGAAAGAAGAAUUAAGUUUUGUGGAAAGAUUUUCCUAAAAAAUCGGAAAGCUUCUGACUCUAUCGAUGAAUCUAAAAAUAUUUUGCUUAGAGAUUUCUCAACUGUUUUUCUUAUUGGAUAUCUUACUAAUCAAUAUUUACAUAAAGAUUUCAAAUCCAAUAGCUUAUCAAAAAUAGACCAAAUUAAAAUGAUAUUAAAACCACAAGAUUAUAUAAGCAAUACAAAGGAGGCAAGUUCAAGUGAGGAUAAAGAAAAAAAUGAAUCUAAGCAGAAUAAUAAUGAUAUGUGUCAAAGUGAUACGGUUAGUACUAUAUCUAAAAGUAAAAUAGAUAUUCAGAUAAAUGAAAAGCCAAAUGGAGCAAAUAAAAAUCUAGAAUAUAAUACAGAGUUGGACAGAAGCAAGCUAACAGAGAGUGAUAAAAAAUCUGUUUUAGAAGGCGAUUCUGAAGUUGGUACUGGAAGUAAAUUAAAUUUUCAGAAUAGUUUAUUAUCAAGUUCAUCUUUAGCCUUACUCUCUAUUCCUAUUAAGGAACAACAAUUCUUAGAUACAAGACAUCUUUCAAAGCAGACAAGAAGAGUUCGAAAUCCUUCCUCUAACUUAAUUGGAAAUCAAAUACAAAAAGAAGAAUCCAAUAUUAAGUUUUCCACAGGAGAUUCAUAUAUAAACUCCUCAGUAUCUGCUAAGCAAGAUUUAAGUGGAGAGUCUACCAAAUAUGAUUAUAUACCUAAAUCCAAUAGUUUCACUAGUGAUUCUGUUAUACUUAGUAAAAAGCAAAAUUCUACUACUGAAGAUAUGAGACAAUUAUUUCCUAAAUCUCAAUCAGCUUUCAAUUUGUGCUUAAAUAGUAGCUCUAACCUUACUUUGAGCUCAGAAUCUAGCUCAACAUUAAGUAUAGAAUCAAAUUCCAAUUUACAGAAUAACCAAUUUUCUGAUGAGGUGAAUACAAAAUCAAAAUUAACAGCUUAUUCAACAUUUUCACAAGAAACAAGAGACAACUUAUCUACUAUUAUUGAAGAAGACUCAUUAACUGAAAGUUUUCCUAUGGAACCUCAGCAAAAUAUUGGAAGAAAAAGCCGACGCUUUGUUAUCCGAUACUAUGCAAGGUUUCUAACCAUGUUACCUGUAAGAAUUGGUAUACUUUUAUUAUCUAUGGUAUUCUUUGGAGUGUCUAUAUACUCAGCAAUAGAGUUAAAGAUGGGACUAGAUUUAAAGGUAUUAGCACCACCUUCAUCACAAGUCUAUAAGUUUUUUGUAAAUCAUGAAGCACUGUUCAAUAAAUACGGAGAUAUCACAUAUUUAAUGUUUCCAGCAUCUCAGAAUAUUAAUAACCAAGGUGAUAAUACAUGGUGGAGUUCAGAAUUUAGAGAAAGUUAUAGAAACCUACAAGAAAAAAUACACAACGCAUGGUUUACAAAACUAAAGUUAGAUGGGAUGUCAGCAUUUUAUGAUUCAUUAUUAAUUAAAGGGCUUCCUCAAAAUCCACAGGAGUAUUCCAGAAUGCUAAAAGCUUUUAUUAAAUCUCCAUAUAAUAGACAUUUUGAAGAUGAUUUUGUGUUCAACUCAAAAAGUGGAGAGUUAGAAGCUUGGAGAUCUAUCCUAGUCCCAAAAUAUCUACCUGACACCUCAGUCAGAGGAAAAUAUAUGACAGAUAUAAGGCAUAUAAUGGAAAAUACUCCUAAUAUUAAGCACCCAAUUGCUUAUAGUCCUCUUUUCAUAUUUUAUGAAAGUGAUGUUUCAAUUUUACCUCAAACUUUGUACAACAUGGGGUGCGCUUUAAUUGCUGUUCUAUUAGCAUCAUUAAUUCUAAUGCCAAGCGUAUCUUCUGUCAUUAUAGUCAUAAUUAUCUUGUGCAUGGUAGAUACUUGUAUUAUUGGAAUGAUGGCUCAAUGGGGUUUGAAUUUAAAUAUGCUUACUAUGGUUAAUUUAAUCAUGUCAAUUGGUAUAUCUGUAGACUAUUCAACUCAUAUAUGCCAUACUUUUGCUCAUUGUACCGGUAAAAAUAGAAGCAUAAGAGUUAUUGAAACGCUAGGUUUAAUGGGCAUUCCAAUUUUUCAUGGUGCAAUGUCAACUCAAUUUGCAGUGACUGUAUUGGCAUUUUCCGAUUCUUAUAUAUUACAAACAUUCUAUAAAAUGAUGACACUAGUAGUGUGUAUUGGGAUAUGUUAUGGUGCAAUAAUUCUACCUGCCAUCUUGACUAUCUUUGGGCCAAUGGAGGUAGUUAAAUAUGUUAAAGUUCAAGAUGAAGACAAAGAAAAUCCAGCUAUAACCACAUCUACAAAACCUAUUGUAAUCCAUUCUACAGAAACAGGUAUUCAGAGAUCAGAAAUAUAA